GCUGAGGGGUUGAUACCUUGCUAUGGCGUCUCUGGUCUUCCCCGGCGCGCAAUGAGCGAGAGCUGUAGUGGGUUGUUGACUCUUUUUGUUGUCGUCUGCCAACUGCUAAUGUGUCAAGUUAGAACGUAAAGGACCUAUCCUGAUCUCCUUGCAGUUGCUGACAGUCUUACUGUGAUUUGGUGAACCUGGCAUUGGGAGGAGACUGGCACUUUGUUAAAGCUACAGAGACUGGGUCAGAGGCCGCGUCCGGCUGAGUUCCGGACUGGGACGAAGGCCGCGUCCGUCUAAAGACUGGCCAUGGAUGAAGAGGCACUGCCAAGCCUGGAAGAUAUUCAGGCUAACCAGAUCUUCCCUCGAAAAUAUCCUGUUCUAGAAGAAAAGAACUUGCAGGUUCCAUAUCCUGAACUGCAUGGCGAGUUCACAGAGUACGUGGGGAGAGCUGAAGAUGCGAUCAUUGCUUUAUCUAAUUAUAGGCUUCAUAUCAAGUUCCGAGACUCUGUUGUUAAUGGUUAUUCUCAUUCUUGUUCGUGUGAAGUGUCAGUACCAUUACAGCUCAUUGAGUGUGUUGAAUGCCGGGACAUGUUCCAGCUCCACAUCACUUGCAAGGAUUGUAAAGUGAUCAGAUGUCAGUUCUCUACUUUUGAGCAAUGCCAGGAGUGGCUGAAGAGACUCUCUGGCAGCAUCAGACCACCAUCAAGACUUGAGGACCUGUUUUCUUUUGCUUUUCAUGCCAUGUAUUCUGGAGAGAAAGACCAUCAUGGAGAUCUGUGCAGGCCAGGAGAACAUGUAACUUCAAGGUUUAAAAAUGAAGUGGACAGAAUGUCCUUUGAUUUGCAAAAUGCAUGGAGGAUUUCUGAAAUAAACAUGAAAUACAGGUUGUGUGCUAGCUAUCCUCAACUUGUGCUGGUUCCUGCUUGGAUCACAGACAAAGAACUGGAGAGUGUUGCUAGUUUCAGGUCCUGGAAACGAAUUCCAGUGGUUGUGUACAGACACCAGAGCACUGGAGCUGUGAUUGCACGAUGCGGGCAACCUGAGGUCAGCUGGUGGGGAUGGCGCAAUGCAGAUGAUGAGCAUCUGGUACAAUCUAUUGCUAAGGCAUGUGCCAUAGACUCCAGUUCUACUAAACAUCUUUCCAAUGGCAUAUGCUUUCGGCAUUGCAACAAUGGAUCAGAUUUGUCAGACGUAGAAUUUGAUUCCUCUGUGUCUAAUGGCUCAGGAGUAGAAUAUCUUGGCAUCCAGUGCCAGAAAUUGCUUAUUCUGGAUGCCAGAUCAUAUGCAGCAGCUGUUGCUAACAGAGCAAAAGGAGGUGGUUGUGAGUGUCCAGAAUAUUAUCCAAACUGUGAAGUGGUCUUUAUGGGAAUGGCCAACAUCCAUUCUAUUCGCAAAAGCUUUCAAUCCCUGAGACUUUUAUGCACACAGAUGCCUGACCCUGGAAAUUGGCUGUCUGCUUUAGAGGGAACUAAGUGGCUGCAGCAUCUUUCCAUGCUUCUUAAGUCUUCACUACUGGUGGUUAAUGCGGUAGACCGUGAUCUUCGACCUGUUUUGGUACACUGCUCAGAUGGUUGGGAUCGUACUCCUCAAAUAGUGGCACUGUCUAAAUUACUUCUAGAUCCCUACUACAGAACAAUUGAGGGAUUUCAGGUGCUAGUGGAAACGGAGUGGUUGGACUUUGGACACAAGUUUGCAGAUCGUUGUGGUCAUGGGGAGAAUUCAGAUGACCUAAAUGAGAGAUGCCCAGUGUUUUUGCAGUGGCUAGAUUGUGUGCAUCAACUCCAGCGACAGUUUCCCUGUUCCUUUGAGUUCAAUGAGGCAUUUCUGGUAAAGCUUGUACAGCAUACCUACUCAUGUCUGUUUGGUACAUUCCUUUGUAACAAUGCCAAGGAACGGGAAGACAAACACACACAAGAGAGGACGUGUUCUGUGUGGUCCUUGCUUCGGUCUGCAAACAAAGCUUUCAGGAAUAUGCUGUAUUCUUCUCAUUCUGAGACGGUGCUUCACCCAGUGUGCCAUGUUCGUAACCUCAUGCUUUGGAGUGCUGUUUAUCUGCCGAAUUCCUCUCCUUCCACCCCUGCUGAAGACUCAAGUGCUCCAUUUCCAGUUUCAGGCUCCGUUCCCGAGGACCAACCCCUGGGAAGCAGGCUGCCAAAGACGAGGUCAUUUGACAAUUUGUCUACUGUUUGUGAACCUGGAGGGUCCCUAUUAUCAAAUCGGCGCUCAAGUGACCCCAGUUUGAAUGAUAAAUGGCAGGAACAUCGACGAUCGCUGGAAGUCAACAUUGGAGUAGGAACUGAAGGAAUAGCCAGUCAGGACCAAGAUGAUGGGACAGCUCUACUUGGUAGAGCUUUAAAUUUGAGAAUAGCAAAUUCCAGUGGGGAAGAGCUAGGUGAUACAGAAGAGGACAACCAUCCACCAUUGGACACUGCUCCGCAAAAGGAGUAUACAGGAGCGAGAGAAGCUCUCAUUCAGGCAACUGCAGAAACUACAGAAGAGAUAGAACUCUCUGUUGCUGUGGCUGAAGGACAAAUUGAGAACAUCCUUCAAGAAGCAACUAAAGAAGAAAACAUUUUAGAUGACAUGGAAAAAAAUGUUAAUAUAACUCCUGUUUUGUCAAUGAAUGAGGAAUCCUCUAAACUAGUUAUAACUUCUACGCUCCUUCCUAAACACUCAAAUAUACUCAACACUCAACUCUUUGAAUUGCCAUCUGAUCGUGAACCUGUGUUCUUAAAUAGAUCUUUUGUAUCUGAUCAGGAUCACUCUUCAGAAACUGUCAGCCCAGGUACACAUUUACCUGAGUCAAAUGGUGCUUUAAGUUUUGUUGUCAAUGGUUGCAGCCAAAUAAUUGACAGAAAUGUAAAUAAAGCAGAAAAUCAUUUAAUGUCUCCACCCACACCCCCAGAGCAACAUGAGGAUAGGCUUUCAUUGCUAGAAAGUUCCACAGAGACUCUUAAAGAAGAAGGGUGCAGACAGGAAGUACCACUCUGUGAAUUCUCCAAGCACACAAAUGGAAAGGAGAAUCAGUUACACAGCACUAAAAUGGAGGAUAUUGGACAAAACAAGACUGAGAUAACUUCUCAAAGGACUUUAGAUGGCAUCCAUCAGCCUUUCCCUAGUGCCUUGCCACCAUUAUCUUUUACAACGCCUGGUCUUGGAAAUCAAGAAGAACCUAUAUGCAAUGGAGAGUCCAUUGACAGAGAGUUCUGCUCUUUGCAGCAGCAGCAACAACAAAUUAACAGUCACCAUGCCAAUGGGGAAAAGGCUUCUCUCAGUCGUCAGGUGUCUGGUGCCAGCUUUAGCUCUUUGCCGUUUCACACUCAUGGUAGUGGCAGUAGUAGUUUACAACACAGGUGUGUUCAUAAUCAUGUUGGAAGACACCCUUCAAGCCCUGAGCAACCUCUCCGCAGUCACUUGGAUGAUGAUGGCUUAGCACUUCACAAUGAUGCCAUCCAACAACGGCUGCGACAAAUUGAAGCAGGUCACCAGAUGGAGGUAGAAACUCUAAAGAAACAGGUGCAGGAGCUCUGGAGCAGACUAGAGAGCCAGCAUCUUGGUGGUUCUCUUCGAAUCAAUGGAGACAUGGGAGAUGAAGUGACUUCAAUAGCAGAUUCUGAAAGCAUCCUGGACCACAACUGUCUCUCACGCUGCAGUACUGAGCUUUUUUCUGAAGCCAGCUGGGAGCAGGUAGACAAACAGGAUACAGAGGUAACUCGCUGGUACCCUGAUCACUUGGCUGCACAAUGCUACGGGUGCGAGAGUCGUUUUUGGCUAGCCAGCCGAAAGCAUCACUGCAGAGACAGAGAGACUGUUGAGGAUUCUUGGAACUGUGGAAAUGUGUUUUGCGCCAGUUGCUGUGAUCAGAAGAUACCUGUUCCUAGCCAGCAGCUGUUUGAGCCCACCAGGGUGUGUACGACUUGUUAUAACCACCUGCAGCCCAGUGGGACUGCUUUGGAGAUGGACAUGGAAAAGCCUAUCGCUGCCAGCUCCAAUUAGUGAGUGCAGCCCACCUGUUUGGUAUGGAGGAAAGGGUGAGGACAUGGCUCUCCUUAAACACGCACAUGUGCUAUGGAAUGGACAGGCAAGGAAAGGAUUUAAAGAAAAAGUUGAAGCACUUUGAAAAUAUUGCUGCACAGGAGUGUGAGAACAUCACAAAGUAACGUUGGAGGUUCUGCUGCAGAAAGGAUCCUUGGUGGGCUGAGUUUUGAAAAGCUUUGAUAAAUGGCAUUUAGCUCACAGUAAUGGUAAUGCAGCCUAGUAAAUUGGGAGGCCAAAGGUGUUGUUUUCUUUUUUUUUUUUUUCUUUCUCAACCAUUGUUAUAUGCUGCUUUUAUUCUGAACUUUUUGAGGCACCUUCACAACACAAAAGAAUAAAGAAGUCUUUUCUUGUGAGCUUCUCAAAGUAAAAGGGCACCUUAAAAGUCUCUGCGUUUGCAAGGCUUUGACCAGAUGAGAGAGAAAUUGGCACAGCCUAUGUUGGAGGCUUUUGUAUGCUUUUGAAGAUGGGAGUAUGUUCUUUUUGUGACUCUAUGGUGUUUCGGUUAGUUCUAUUGGUGAAGGCAGCAUUGCUUUAGUGAGUAAAUAGUGAGCAUAAGGCUGCAAUUUCCAAAGUGUCCAGAAAUCAAAUGCAAACAUGGGCCUUGAUCUGCUUCCAGUAGGGUUGCUCAGGGAUGUAAAUUAUAUAAAUAAAAUGAAUUCCCAACAAA